CCUGUAUCAGAAAUAGUUUUAAAGCAAUGAGCAACAAACAUGGCUUAAAGUACGUACUCUUCCUAUGUAUGAGAAACCAAUUACCCGGCCCAAUUUCUUCACUCGCUGGUUGAACCCUACAAUUGUCUCUCCCGCCUUUCUCCGACUAGCUGGAGGAGUGUCUUGCUAUCUUAACAAAGUCUCAAGCCUCUGGGUAAUUGAGUGUGAUGGAUGUCAGGAUGUCAAUAAGUACCCAUUUUUGGAAAUGGGACAGAGUUUGAAAAUAGUCUCCAACAGCAAUUUUUACUCCCUACCGCCGGAGAAGAUUCUAUCAUUGAGAAAGUUAAUGGGAUUCCCAAUGGCUGCUUAAAAGUAGAAGAAUUGAGGGAGAAUAUUGAAUAUGGUGUAAGAUAGGAAUGACCUUCAGUGUCCAUUUAAAUUAGUUAACUCUAUAAUAUCGAUGGGGAGUGUAAAUUUUAAGCAAUCUAGUUUCUGCUAGAAGUUGUUCUCUGAUUUGGGCCCAAGCCAUAACUGAUUUAAGCAAACUGGUUUGGGUGGUUUCACUUUCACAUUAAAAUAAAGUUGGCAUAGUUUGGCAUUUAAUCAAACCAACUUGGUCAAUUUUGGUUUCACUAUUGUAAUAUACAGAACAAUGAGCCUGAAAGGGGCAUUUAUUGAGCCAUUAGAUUCAAAGCAUGGUUGGGAGUUGUUUAUAAAUGGUUUAGAUUAUAAAUAAAUAGAAAUGUGGUGGAUAAGUAAAUAUCACUUGUGAGCUCCAAGGAAUAUGUGGACAAAAAUGGUUUGACCAAUUAUAAAUAAUUGAUAAAUGGUAACCUAACAAGGGCUUAGAUGACUGUUAAGCCCACACCUGUAGUCUUCCAUCUCUAUUCAAACCACUCUUCAACUUCAGCAUCGCACUCCGCCCGAAAAUGACAAAAUUCAGGAAGCUUAAUCGACCUACAGGUCAUCGAAUGUCUAUGCUCAGGACAAUGGUGUCACAGUUGGUGAAGCACGAGCGCAUUGAAACCACUAUUGCUAAGGCAAAGGAAGUCCGGAGGCUUGCUGAUAAUAUGGUACAGCUUGGGAAAGAGGGUACUCUCAGCGCUGCAAGGCAUGCUGCUGCCUUUGUACGUGGUGAUGAUGUCAUUCACAAGUUAUUCACGGAGUUGGCUUAUCGAUACAAAGAGAGAGCUGGUGGGUACACGAGAUUACUUCGAACCCGAAUUCGAGUUGGUGAUGCUGCACCAAUGGCCUAUAUUGAGUUUAUAGAUAGAGAAAAUGAACUUAGACAAUCUAAACCACCAACUCCGCAACCUUCUCAGAGGGCUCCCUUAGAUCCCUGGACAAGAUCUCGACUUACCAGACAAUUAGCACCACCCAAAGAAGAGAAAAGCUCCGAAGCUGAGAAUUAAGUUACAAUGAUUUUGAAAGGUUUUGUUUUCAUCUUUCUAUUUGAUAUGUAACCUUUUGUAAUUCUGUAAAGGUGAAAUUUUUUUUCUUCCUCGUUAGCGUUUAAUGAAAUACUGGGAUGUCAGAUAUGGUAGAAUCCACUAUGAGUGAAAUAAUGCAGAUUUGGAUUUAUCGUGGUGCUUACCAUGUUCGAACUGGCUUUUA